CUUGCUUUAGAUAAGAGGGUAUCUUAUCGAUACGAUAAGGGCAUUGUCUUAAGAGCUGGAAGAGACGGUUUUACGAGUGCCUCUCCAUUCCGUCGCUAAUAACCAACCCCGUAGCAGUAAAAAUUCAAGCCAGCUAAAUGGAGAUGUCCUUUCAAACCGGACUCAACACGGUGAUCCUAUUCGACGGUUGGAAAACUCACGAUUGGCAAGGCAUCGUGGGCUCCAUGAUCGGAAUCACCCUGAUGGCAGCGAUUUACGAGGGUCUGAAAAAUUACCGUGAACAUUUGUACGUCAGCGCGUCACUGGCCCGGCUCGGUGAUCGAAAAGAGCCGUCGUUAUUCUCCGGCGUUCACAUACUUCAGACGUUUCUUCAGAUGAUCCAAAUCGUGAUCAGUUACUUCCUGAUGUUGAUUUUCAUGACCUACAACGUCUGGCUUUGCGUCGCUAUUGUAUUGGGCGGGGCUAUUGGCUACUGGCUUUUCGCCUGGCAGAGAAUCAGCACCGAUAUCACCGAGUGCUGCAAUUAACGCGGUUGACGAACCGCGAGAUGAAUUUCAUGCCGAAGUUGGAGGGUUUACGACGAACGCUGCAAAAAAUAUAUGGACCGUACGAGGAUCGUUGGAAAUAAGGGAGUUCGAGGAGAUGGAAUUUAAAGGUUUAGGAUGAAUUUCCGAAAAUAAGCUCGAUUCUUCAUCAGACGAAUUUACGUCAGGUCUGAUAAAUCGGAAGCCGCGUUAUUGGGGAGACUCACUAACCGAUAGAAACACUUUGAUAAGAUCUGUAACGAGCCGUCUCACCCAGUUUCGCUCGCUGAUGAAACUCUGGCGUGAAAUCGAUCCGAGGAGUAAUCGAAAGCCGAAUAAAAUCGUCAAAAUUUAAAUCUGCAA